AUGAGUCACUUAAAUAAAACCAGAAACGGACAAACCUUCCGAGACAUUGAUGCUUGGGAAGCUCUCAAGAAACGUGAUUUAGAGUAUGCCAUCAACCUUCUCGUCUCAGGCGAAUGGACCAUCUAUGGUGUCAUAAAAGACGGCUGGAGCUCUUUGGACGCGAGGGUGGGCGGUGAAAGAUGUCACGAGACCGCCCUCCUGGCCUUGAUCCUUCGCCGCCUUGUCAUCAAGUACUUAAGAGACAGCAAACUUCUGGAGGAAUUCAAGGCACUUGUUAUCGAAUAUCGCGCCAAUCACGCUCAAGAUAAACUGUGGACCAAAGUUUUUAAGGUUCAAGAUGUUUAUGUUGAUAACUCUAACCGUUACAGCCAAAUCAUGGAAUCAAUUAUUAACACUAUAGGUCCUGACUGGACAAUGUUUAUUGGUUCUGCACGGACACUUGCAUCAUUUAGUGUGCUCAGCACUAUGGAGUGUGGUUUGAGUGUUUAUUAUCGUCGUUUGGGGGACGUCCUUGUCGCCACGAGCAAGGGACAACGUGCAGCUGGGAUGGGAGAAUAUCAUGAUGCCGAGUACCCACUACGCACUUCAUUCACCGAUGCUUCUUUUAAGCUCAUUGACAAGCUCUCUGCUAAAACUUUGCCAGAAAGGGACUCGGAAAAGCCUUUCGGUCCAGAGCCUCUGGCCUACAAGACCCUUCCAGAGCAAGCACGAGAGGUGUUCCACUUCUCAAAAGCCAACAAGAUCAUUCCAGGUCAUAAUGAUUGUCCUAUUAUCGUGGGGUCAUUCUCCGCAUCUAUGCAGAUCUUGGUUAGGCUCUGUUGGCUGUACAAGAUCCCAAUUACGCUUUGUAUGCCCCGUCUGCGAUACGAGAAAACUGUCGGUGAUUUAGAGAGCUUGGCGACAUAUAAGCUUACUUCGGCACCUGUGCGGACUUACGUUGCUGCCCAGAAAGCAGGAGGAAGCUUUAAAAUGGUAGACUCCAUAAAAGAGGGUAUUGAAGACGAGCCGUGCUGGAAGCUCGGUGGCUACAGCAUGUAUCAUGAAUCACAACUCGGAAGUCUUCUCUCCUCGGGAAAUGAUGACGAGUAUAACAAAACACUGGAUCAGGCUGAAGUUGGUCAUUUGAUGUCUCUAUUUGGCUUUGUCCAUCCCGAAUAUCCACUACAAACUGAAAACGGAGGCGCUGACCUUGUGGCGUUGCGAAGGUCAAUAUGUGGAGAAAUCGCCCAAUCAGCUGAGCUAACUUUGGAGGGCAUCAAUUCUGGUUGGGGGUUGAAAGAAGACGGUGGAGUGAACAACAUGAGCCUUCGCUCGCUUGCUUCCGCUUGCAAUAAGAUCACCAGUCAGUACAAUCUUCAGGACACGGUUCUCGCAUAUCAGCGCCACAUCGAUAAGAAAAGGGCCUCUUAUCGAAUGCAAUGCAAGCCUAUACCAUUCACCUUUGACCACAUUGACAUUUCAACUCCAAGACAUGAAAAAGCCAAGUGGACUGGCAUUCUCAAAAAGCACCUAUAUACUACGGAGCCCAUGUAUGCCAAUCUUUUUGUGGUAGGUAGGACGGUUUAUAGUAUGAGGGACCAGACAGAGGCGGACAGGCUCAUGAUUCUCGUCAACAACGAUAAUCAGAAGCUAAACACCUUGCUCGAGCGACAUCCUGAGCAUAGUGUUUUCUUAACGCAAAAUCACCAGAAAAAGGUUGACGAGUUUCGAAAAAAGGAAAUUGGAAAGAAAAAGGCCAGGUCUAAGGUUACAGAGAAAAGAAGUUCCUAA